UUCCCAGCGACGGCCGUAAAUGGCGCAACGCAGCGGCCCGUAAGGCCGUCGUAAACAGUUCCCUUCGCGCCACUUCCGGCCGGCUUCCGCGGUCGGCGCUGGUGGCCGAUCGUGAGGCGCCGGAGGACGUUCCCCGCGGUCGCAGCCAUGGAGAUGCCGCUGCCGCCGGACGACCAAGAGCUUCGAAAUGUCAUCGACAAGCUCGCUCAGUUCGUGGCUCGCAACGGGCCCGAGUUCGAGAAGAUGACGAUGGAGAAGCAGAAGGACAACCCGAAAUUCUCGUUUUUGUUCGGAGGCGAGUUCUACAGUUACUACAAGUGCAAGCUAGCCCUUGAGCAGCAGCAGCUCAUCUGCAAGCAGCAGGCCCCGGAGCUGGAGCCAGCCGCAUCCCUUCCCCCACUGCCGCAGCCUCCGCUGGCUCCCACGACACCCAUUGCACCAGCCCAGGGCACCCCUUCUGUGGAUGAGCUGAUCCAGCAGAGCCAGUGGAAUCUCCAGCAGCAGGAACAGCACUUGCUGGCCCUGCGCCAGGAGCAAGUGACAUCCGCCGUGGCGCAUGCAGUAGAGCAGCAAAUGCAAAAACUUCUUGAGGAGACACAGCUGGACAUGACAGAGUUUGACAGCUUACUGCAGCCCAUCAUUGACACCUGCACCAAAGAUGCCAUCUCGGCUGGGAAGAACUGGAUGUUCAGCAAUGCUAAGUCCCCACCACACUGCGAACUGAUGGCAGGCCACCUGCGCAACCGCAUUACGGCUGAUGGAGCACACUUUGAACUGCGGCUGCACCUCAUCUACCUGAUCAACGAUGUGCUACACCACUGGGCCCUGAUGCGUGGAAGGUCUCUCCCUCACAGCCAGCGCAAGCAGGCCCGGGAACUGCUGGCUGCCUUGCAAAAGGUGGUGGUACCCAUCUACUGCACCAGCUUCCUUGCUGUGGAAGAGGACAAGCAGCAGAAGAUCGCCCGGCUCCUGCAGCUCUGGGAGAAGAACGGCUACUUCGAUGAUUCCAUCAUUCAGCAGCUGCAGAGCCCAGCCCUGGGGCUCGGCCAAUACCAGGCUACCCUCAUCAGCGAGUAUUCCUCGGUGGUACAGCCUGUGCAGCUGGCCUUCCAGCAGCAGAUCCAGAGCCUCAAGACGCAACACGAGGAGUUCGUCAGCACCCUGGCCCAGCAGCAGCAGCAGCAACAGCAGCAGCAGCAGCAGCAGCAGCAGCAGCAGCAGCAGCAGCAGCAGCAGCAGCCACCACCACAGAUUCAGAUGCCACAGAUGGAAGCUGAAGUGAAGGCCACACCUCCACCACCCGCACCUCCCCCUGCCCCAGCACCUGCCCCUGUCAUCCCACCCACCACCCAGCCAGAUGACAGCAAGCCUCCCAUCCAGAUGCCUGGAUCUUCAGAGUACGACACUGCAGGAGGUGUCCAGGAUCCUGCAGCUGCAGGCCCCCGGGGUCCAGGGCCACAUGAGCAGAUUCCGCCCAACAAGCCUCCCUGGUUUGAUCAGCCACACCCUGUUGCCCCUUGGGGCCAGCAGCAGCCACCCGAGCAGCCCCCGUACCCACACCACCAGGGCGGACCACCCCACUGCCCACCCUGGAACAACAGCCACGAGGGCAUGUGGGGUGAGCAGCGUGGAGACCCUGGCUGGAAUGGCCAGCGAGAUGCACCCUGGAACAACCAGCCAGACCCCAACUGGAACAGCCAGUUUGAGGGUCCCUGGAACAACCAGCAUGAGCCACCACCCUGGGGUGGUGCCCAGCGAGAGCCGCCCUUCCGCAUGCAACGGCCACCCCAUUUCCGAGGACCCUUCCCACCACACCAGCAGCACCCUCAGUUCAACCAGCCGCCACACCCCCACAACUUCAACCGCUUCCCUCCCCGCUUCAUGCAGGAUGACUUCCCCCCACGCCACCCUUUCGAGCGGCCACCAUACCCUCAUCGUUUUGACUACCCCCAGGGGGACUUCCCAGCAGAGAUGGGACCUCCUCACCACCACCCUGGUCACCGCAUGCCUCACCCUGGGAUCAAUGAGCACCCGCCCUGGGCUGGGCCCCAGCACCCCGACUUUGGCCCGCCCCCUCAUGGCUUCAAUGGGCAGCCCCCCCACAUGCGACGGCAGGGCCCACCUCACAUCAACCAUGAUGAUCCUAGCCUGGUCCCCAACGUGCCCUACUUCGAUCUUCCUGCAGGGCUGAUGGCCCCCCUCGUGAAGUUGGAGGACCAUGAGUACAAGCCUCUAGACCCCAAAGACAUCCGCCUCCCACCCCCCAUGCCGCCCAGCGAGAGGCUGCUGGCAGCCGUGGAGGCCUUCUACAGCCCACCCUCCCAUGACAGGCCCAGGAACAGUGAAGGCUGGGAACAGAACGGCCUCUAUGAGUUCUUCCGAGCCAAGAUGCGGGCCCGGCGGCGUAAAGGCCAGGAAAAGAGGAACAGUGGCCCAUCUAGGUCCCGGAGCAGAUCCAAGAGCCGCGGCCGCUCGUCCUCACGUUCCAGCUCACGUUCCUCCAAGUCUUCACGUUCAUCCUCCAGGUCACGCUCACGCUCACGUUCCCGCUCCUCCUCGCGCUCCAGGUCCAGAAGCCGAAGCCGUUCACGCUCCUCCAGAAGCCGCUCACGUUCCAGGUCCAGGUCCAAGUCCUACUCACCAGGGAGGAGGCGCCGCUCCAGGUCCCGGAGCCCUACCCCGCCCUCUGCCGCAGGCCUGGGUUCUAAUUCAGCACCUCCCAUAGCAGACUCCAGACUUGGAGAGGAGAACAAGGGACACCAGAUGCUGGUGAAGAUGGGCUGGAGUGGCUCUGGUGGCCUUGGUGCAAAAGAACAGGGCAUCCAGGACCCCAUCAAGGGCGGGGAUGUCCGGGAUAAGUGGGACCAAUACAAGGGUGUGGGCGUGGCCCUGGACGACCCCUAUGAGAACUACCGCCGCAAUAAGAGCUACUCAUUCAUCGCGCGCAUGAAGGCCAGGGAUGAGUUCUCCACAUUCGGGGCCCGGAAGGAAGAGAAGGAGGACUGAUGUGCAGACCUGAGCCCCCCUUACCAAGCACGAAACCAAGACCCUCCAGCCUGGAACCUGAGCUCCUGCCACCCGGGGGCCAUGGGGUUCCCAGGUCAGGUCUGAGCCUCCUCCAGACCAAGAGUGCAAAGCCCCUGAAUACCAGCUCAAGCCAUGCUGGAUAGCCACACACCAGCUGGGCAGUGACAAAAGCUGGGGCCAGCCUGCUGCUGCCCGUACUAUAAACGUGAACAGCAAACACUUGGAGUUGCAGAGUCCAAAACAGAUUUUAUUCUCGUUCCACCUGGUUUUGCUUUAGAAAAAGUGCUGAUCUAAGCCAGUCCCUGGGAGGGCAUUUGAACCUGACUCCCUUGUUCAGUUAUAGCUGUAUUUGUUGACCCUUUUCCUCAAACAUUAGCUGUCUGUCUGACCUAGGUAAAGGUUCUGAGCCUGUCAGACUCCCUCACCCAACACCUACUGUGGCUGCCACUCAGGGCCCAACCAGCACCGAGUACACCAAUCAGUGUAGGGGCAGCCCACACCAGAGAGGUGAGACUGAGGGAGCCUCUGCUGGGUCCAGGGGCAGCACGGUGCCAUUGUUUGUAUAGAAACUUUUGAAAUGUUCUUUUCAAUAAAAUGCAAAGUUCUCUCCGA